AUGGGAUGCGGACAGAGCAAGAUUCAUCUUUACCCGAGGAAAAAUAAGAGCAAAUCGAACGGCAAGAAGAGCGGCCAUAUAGAGGACGCCGAAGCGGACGAAGAGGAUGGACAGAAUGGCCGGGGAGGCGACGAUCGGGCCGACCGGGGCGACCCGAACGGCGAGAAGGAGAAGCUCGACGAGGAACACUCACUCCGGGACGACGGGUCGCCGGAGCCACCGAAUGGCGAGAUCGUGUCAAUACUCCGCAAGAACGGUUCCCUGCUCCAGAGCCAGGAAAUAUCGUCCAGCCAACAGAACUUCUUCCGCAUGUUGGACCAGAAAAUCGAAGAGGGCCCAGACUACGACUCGAGCAGUGAAACGGAGCAAGCCCUGGAGGAGGCUCGCCUGAACGCGCUGGUGCAGCACUGGGAAUCGGCCAGCUUGACCACGUCGAUGUGUUCUUCCACCAGCCGGUCCCUGCAGGGGACACCGGUCCGGCAGGUACCGCUCAGGUGAGCCCCGUACAGACAGCCUCCAUUGAGGCCACCGUUCCAGCAACCGCUCAGUGCCGAGCUGUUGUCCCAGCAGCAGCUGCUGCUCAAACAACAGCACCACCACCUGCAGCAGCAACAGCAACAGCAAAUGCAGCAGCAACAGCAGCAGCAACUACACAGCCUCCAGCAGUCGCCACAGCAGCAGCAGUCGAUCAUACACCAAAACCUCAGCCUCGGAAUGGGCAUGAGCAGUCCGAAGCGGGUGAUCGGCAGCGGGAAUGCCGUCAGCGUCGGUGGCGACCCGGGCACCCAGCGGUCGCUGCUGGCCCAGUCGCUCAUCCAUCAGAACUACGGUGUGAUACAGACGUCGCAGACGGCGACCCAGCUGCGCCCCAGCUCGGGCCGCACGCUGCCGUCGCCGGUGCAGUGCCUGCAGAUGUCGUACUACCAGCAACAGCAGCAGCAGCAGCAACUUCAGCAACAACAGCAACAACAGGCCCAAUCGCUGAGCCAGCACUUCCCGCAGCAGCAAUCGAUACCUCCACAGUCCUACUACAAUGACAUUCUGCGGCAUCCGAUGCAGCAACAGCAGCUCCAGCCACAGCCGCCACCACCGCCAGGAAUCUCGAAUGUCUCGUCCUCGGUGGCCGCAUCGCUGGCGUCUGCCUCGGUGGCGGUCGCGUCGGCCGGCGGUAGCGGAGGAGCGAGUGCGAGUGCAAGCGGGGCGUCCGGAUCGUCCGCGGUCAGUGCGGCGCUUGCCGGCGGCUCCCUGACAAUGUCCGGUGAGCCUCGCUUUCCGCCGGCGAUCGCCGUGCAACGGUUAGCGCCCCAGGUGCAGCGGCAACUGCGCGAAACCCAGGAACUCAUCAAGGACUCGUGCGCGCAGCUGUACGGAUCGGCUUACGGUAGCCCCGGGCCACCGGUGGUCACACUCCCGGUGGCCGGUGGAUCGAGUGGACCCCCGCUCCGUACGGGGCCCGGCUCGGUGCUGGGCCGGUCCGCCGGCCGGCGUCCCACGCUCGAGACUCAGUAUUCGCAGGAACUUUCGUGAUAUCUAGACAAGUAGUGAACCUGUCCGUGCCCACCAUCGUCCGAACGUGGGUAACGCGCGCUCGGUUCAGCUUCGCUUUGCCACCUGGAACACCUGGAACGACGCGCCCUUAACUUCGACCGAUAUGACGAGGAUGGCCCGAUCCCAACGAGCACCGAUUCCCCAUCCAACCGAACGGUCGUCGGUGGAUGAAUAUCAGCGUGGAAACAAUCGAACCAAUAACCAGGAAGUCCACCCAACGCCCAACAGGAGAAUAGUCCCCCAAUAGUCCCGCGGUAGCCAACAUAUCAGCCAACCGACCCUUCCAUCGACGAAGCGAUCCCUGUCCCGACUUUUACUAGGGCCACUUUGGAAUCGGCCGGGGAGCUAUUCGUCUAACACAUUCACUGUCAUACAGAGCCCAUACAGCCAAAUCAAUGAGCGUCCGUUGGGUCGGCUCCGGACCACUUCCGGGCAGCUAGUAGAUCUGAAGUCAUCCACCUCCAACCUGCGGCCAGCUUUUCAAAGAGACCCACAGAAUCUUCCCACCUAAACCCAGACACAAACAUAGUGCAUCCCACAGAAGCAAAAGGUAAACUCCCGGAACUGCCCCAGCUGAUGGUGCAAGGAAGCUGAAAAGCUCAGCCAAGAACCGAUUGAGCGAACCCCAGCCCAAAUGAUGGCGAUCCUACCGAUGACGGAAUUCGCAAGUUACGCGGAAACGAGUGCCAGCCAGCAAUGCUGCCUGAUGAUGGGUGGCGCAGAGCCGGGCGCUAUGAGCGAGCGAUUAUUGAACGUGUAGCUAGUGUUGACCAUUUUAUUUUUGUGAACCCGACGGAUGUUUUGUAAAACCACGUAAGCGUGCACCCGAAAGCAACCUCCCAGUUGGGGGAGGGAGACACAGAUAUAGAGAGGGGGGGAGGGUGCUUAUAAAGGCAAAAAAGCGUAGUGAGUUGAACCUAGGCCAAAUGCAAAGCUGAUGAUGAUGAUGAUGCAAACCUAUAGACGAUAGAAGGUUAAGUAAAAUUAAUGAAACAAAUUUUCCACGACCGCGUGACCGCGUAGCCGUCACCGCGUGUUGUGUGGGAAGAAGCGAGAAACGUAGGGGGGUGUAUUAAAUGUGUACGUGAAGGAGCUAGCAAACGAAGAAAAGCACUAGACGCUAGAAACAAGUGGCGCGUAAGUGGAUAAGAGACUUACAAGGCGAAAAGUAGGGCCAGAAAGAUUGAUAUUCUAACAAACCACAAACCGAACUGCGGGCAAACACAGUCAGAAACAGGCGCAAACCGACAGAUUAUCGAACAAAUGACUCUCUUCAUGGGCGAACAUUCCUCUCCACGGUAGCCGAGUAAGAUGAGUGCAAAUCGCGGGAACAGACAACUCCCGAAGCGAUAUCCUAGCCGAGAUGAAUUAUUGCACUUUACGUUUGUUGCCAAGCUUGGCACGUGCCACGCGUUUCGUUGUUUCUGCCACCGUUGACUGACCGAGGUGUUGUGGAGAUACGGGCGGUGUAAACAAAUCUGCCAGCAACAAGAUUUGAACCAUUGAGCCUGUUAGCCGAACGAACAAACUGACGCAUUGAGUUUAAAAACAAUGUUUUAAUGUCAAAGAUUACAGCCAGAAAGGAUACAUACAGGAACUAGCAGACAGGAGAGAGAAAGAGAACAUCGAGACAAAGUCCGUGUUGGGGAGGAGCACACAGAAAAGCAAAUAAAGUGGCACAAGUGGAAAAUGCUUUCAAUUUGUAUCUUUUUCUCGUUCAAAGUACACAUUUUAACAGCGAUUGAUUAAUUGUUUUAAAGAAAUCGUCGUAACAGAACGGUACGGAGCAUAACAAAGCAAUUAUACGGGCGAAAGCGAAGGGUGAAUGGUUUUUGAUAAAACAAAACAAUCU